AUGAGAGCUAGUUCAGUAUUAAACUUCCAAGCAACAACUAGUAAUGCUUUAAGAAGACCUUGGAAGACAUAUAAAGAUGGGACAUUAUUUUAUGGACAAAUUAAAUCCGGUUCAAAAAGACAUCCAAUAACUACAAAACAAGGUAAUAAACAUUUUUAUAAAGGUACUAGAUCUACAGGUAUUGGUAAUUUAGAUUCAAGAGGUAGAUAUCAUAUAAAUUGGGAAAAAGUAAGAACUUAUGUAGUUCCAAAAGAUUUAAAUACAUCAUCGUUAAAAGCUUUAGUAUCACCAAAAUCACCAGAAUUUAUUCAACAAGUUAUUGGAUAUCAUGAUCAAUGGAAAAGUCCAGAAUUAGCCUUACAUAAUGCUAUAAAUUUCGUUGAAUAUGGUGCUAAUUAUAGUGUAACUGAUCUUGAACAAGAUGGAUAUAUUGAAAGAAUUGUACAUCCGAAUAUAAUAGCAAAAGAAAAUAAAGAAAAUAUGGAAAUAGAAGAAGAAAUAGAGAAGAAUUAG